AUGGACUACGUGAACAAACCCCAGGUUAAUUCCAUGUUGCUGAAAUUUAAAUUUCAUGAUUCAGGAGCUAUGACUGAAAAGCAGUUGUAUGGACCUGAAGAGUCCAACAAGAGCAGUGUAAACCAGUUGGCAAAGGACAGAUUCUGCAUGACCUUUGACAGAAGAACUCGUUCUCAGACAACCAGGAGCCUUGAAGGAUUGCCGUGUAUUGGCAUGUUCUGGGAUUUGCAUCUUAGAGGUUCUUGGACCUUACAGUUUAUUAUCCUGAAGAUGUUAACAGACGGAGGAGAAAUACGUCCGGUCACCUCUUCCAGCUCCACUGCAGGCGUGGUUGGGAAGGGCGAAGGCAAAGGCAGCCCUGGAGAUUCGGCAGUGAAGCAAGUACAGAUAGAUGGGUUGGUAGUAUUAAAGAUAAUCAAACAUUAUCAAGAAGAAGGACAAGGAACUGAGGUUGUUCAAGGAGUGCUUUUGGGCCUAGUUGUAGAAGAUCGACUUGAAAUGGCCAACUACUUUCCUUCCCCCCAGCACACAGAGGAUGAUGCUGAUUUUGAUGAAGUCCAGUAUCAGAUGGAAAUGAUGCGGAGCCUUCGCCAUGUAAACAUUGAUCAUCUCCACGUGGGCUGGUACCAGUCCACGUACUAUGGCUCGUUUGUCACCUGGGCUCUUCUGGAUUCUCAGUUCAGUUACCAACAUACUGUUGAAGAAUCUGUUGUUCUCAUUUAUGAUCCUAUAAAAACUGCCCAAGGGUCUCUCUCACUAAAGGCAUACAGACUGACUCCUAAACUUAUGGAAGUUUGUUAAGAGAAGGAUUUUUCCCCUGAAGCAUUGAAAAAGGCAAAUAUCACCUUUGAGCACAUGUUUGAAGAAGUGCCGAUUGUAAUUAAAAAUUCACAUCUGAUCAAUGUCCUAAUGUGGGAGCUUGAGAAGAAGUCAGCUAUAGCAGAUAAACAUGAAUUGCUCAGCCUUGCAAGUAGCAAUCAUUUGGGGAACAAUCUACAGUUGCUGAUGGACACAGUGGAUGAAAUGGGCCAAGACAUAGUCAAAUAUAACACAUAUAUGAGGAAUACUAGUAAACAGCAGCAGCAGAAACAUCAGUAUCAGCAGCGUCGUCAGCAGGAGAACAUGCAACGUCAGAGUCGAGGAGAACCCCCCCUCCCUGAGGAAGGCCUGUCCAAACUCCUCAAGCCACUUCAGGCCCCUGCCAUGAUGGAUUUGCUGCUCAUUGCAGGCCAGAUUAAUACUUACUGCCAGAACAUCAAGGAGUUCACCGCCCAAAACUUAGGCAAACUCUUCAUGGCCCAGGCUCUUCAGGAAUACAACAACUAAGAAAAUGAAGUUUCCAGAAAGGGAGUAUCAUGGACACUUGAGAUUACACCAGGGCAACUCUUUGGAAGAAUUUAUAUUUGCAUAUUGAAAAGCACAGAGGAUUCCUUGCUAUCUUUGGCUAUAAUGUCUUUCUAGCCAAUAAUUUAAAAAAAAAAAAAGAA